ACACUGCGCUCCGACAACUUGACACAGAGUAACAGUAAAUCAGACAGCAGCUCCUCCAGCACCAGCAGUGAAAUUGUAACCCUGUUGUAAGUAUUUUUGGCCGCUGAUAGGACCGAGUGAGAUCACUGCGGUCUCUUUUCUCGGCUAGACUCAAGAGUUGUUCGGCAAGAGCAACGUAGAGACCGUUUUCAGUCUAAUUUCUGCGAUAUCUCAACAUUAAAUCACACUGGAAAUGUCCGAAAACAAGCCGAAUGAUGAGCCGAAGUUAUCUACGACGGACAGGGUGGUGAAAUCUGUCCCGUUCCCGCCCAGUCACCGGCUGACGGCUAAAGAGGUGUUUGACAGUGAGGGGAAACCAAAAGUGGAUGUGCUGAAGGCUCACCUAACCAAGGAGGGUCGCGUGGAGGAGGCGGUGGCUCUGAGGCUCAUAGGAGAGGGUGCUGCAAUCUUGCGUUCAGAGAAGAACCUGCUGGACAUCGAGGCCCCCGUGACAGUGUGUGGAGACAUCCAUGGGCAGUUCUUUGACCUGAUGAAGCUGUUUGAAGUAGGAGGAUCACCAGCAUCCACGCGCUACCUUUUCCUGGGGGACUACGUUGACAGAGGGUAUUUCAGUAUUGAAUGUGUGCUGUACUUGUGGGCCUUAAAGAUCCUUUACCCCAAAACACUGUUUUUGCUGCGUGGGAAUCAUGAAUGUAGACACCUUCCUGAUAUUUACACAUAUCAGAGCUAUUUCUGUAGAAUUAAGUAUUCAGAGAGGGUGUAUGACGCAUGUAUGGACGCCUUCGACUGUCUUCCUCUGGCCGCACUUAUGAACCAGCAGUUCCUGUGUGUACACGGAGGACUUUCUCCAGAAAUCACAAAUCUUGACGACAUCAGGAAACUAGACAGAUUCAAGGAGCCCCCAGCGUAUGGACCGAUGUGUGAUCUGCUGUGGUCUGACCCCCUGGAAGACUUUGGGAAUGAGAAGAGCCAAGAGCAUUUCACACACAACACAGUGCGAGGAUGUUCCUACUUCUACAGCUACCCUGCAGUCUGUGACUUUCUACAACACAAUAACUUAUUAUCUAUCAUCCGGGCCCAUGAAGCGCAGGAUGCUGGAUAUCGCAUGUACAGAAAGAGUCAGACCACUGGCUUCCCAUCCCUUAUCACCAUCUUCUCAGCACCCAACUACCUAGAUGUCUACAACAACAAAGCGGCAGUGCUGAAGUACGAAAACAACGUGAUGAACAUCCGGCAAUUCAACUGCUCUCCUCACCCUUACUGGCUGCCCAACUUCAUGGACGUUUUCACCUGGUCCCUGCCCUUCGUCGGCGAGAAGGUGACUGAGAUGCUAGUGAACGUACUGAGCAUCUGCUCCAACGAUGAGCUGACGACCGACGAGGAGCUGGACGGUGCCACAGCUUCCGCCCGUAAGGAGGUCAUCCGCAAUAAGAUCCGUGCUAUUGGCAAGAUGGCCAGGGUGUUCUCUGUGCUCAGAGAGGAGAGUGAGAGCGUGCUGACGCUGAAGGGACUGACCCCCACAGGCAUGCUACCAAGCGGAGUGCUGUCCGGUGGCAAAGAGAAGCUGCAGAAUGCUACUAUUGAAGCUAUUGAGGCUGACGAAGCCAUCAAAGGCUUCUCGCCCCAGCACAAGAUCACCAGCUUCGAGGAGGCCAAGGGUCUGGACCGUAUCAACGAAAGGAUGCGGCUGACGGGGCCGCCCCGCCCCCAGCUUCAGCACGGCCCGCCACCGCUGAAAAGGGAGUUGGAGAGGCUGCUCAUUCUGCUGCGAGCAGUAAAAGACAGGCCCGUGGUUCAGGCCGGUGCUCGAGCUGUUAACGAGGUGUAA